GGCUCCCGGCGGAUCCUAGGGAGGAGCGGUGCCGGCGGCGAACCGGCUUCGGGGCACUGGGCUCCGGGGCGCAGACUGGGGCGCAGGCGGGGAUCGAGCGCCUCGCGGCCGAGCAUGGCGGGCUCGCUGCCUCCCUGCGUGGUUGACUGCGGCACCGGGUAUACCAAGCUUGGCUUCGCAGGCAACACUGAGCCACAGUUCAUUAUUCCGUCAUGUAUCGCCAUCAGAGAAUCUGCAAAGGUAGUUGAUCAAGCCCAAAGGAGGGUGUUGAGAGGAGUUGAUGACCUUGACUUUUUCAUAGGGGAUGAAGCCAUUGAUAAACCCACCUACGCCACCAAGUGGCCUAUACGACAUGGCAUCAUUGAAGACUGGGAUCUUAUGGAAAGGUUCAUGGAGCAAGUGGUCUUUAAGUAUCUUCGUGCUGAACCCGAGGACCAUUAUUUUUUAAUGACAGAACCUCCACUGAACACACCAGAAAACAGAGAGUACCUUGCAGAAAUCAUGUUUGAAUCAUUUAACGUACCAGGACUCUACAUUGCAGUACAGGCGGUGCUGGCUCUGGCAGCCUCGUGGACAUCCCGGCAAGUUGGUGAACGCACACUGACAGGGAUAGUCAUAGACAGUGGAGAUGGCGUCACCCACGUUAUCCCAGUGGCAGAAGGUUAUGUAAUCGGAAGCUGCAUCAAACACAUCCCAAUUGCAGGUAGAGAUAUUACGUAUUUCAUUCAACAGCUGCUGAGGGAGAGGGAGGUGGGAAUCCCUCCUGAGCAGUCACUGGAGACCGCAAAAGCCAUUAAGGAGAAGUACUGUUACAUUUGCCCUGAUAUUGUCAAAGAAUUUGCUAAGUAUGACAUGGAUCCCCGGAAGUGGAUCAAACAGUACACAGGGAUCAAUGCGAUCAACCAGAAAAAGUUCAUUAUAGAUGUUGGUUACGAAAGGUUCCUGGGACCGGAAAUAUUCUUUCACCCUGAGUUUGCCAACCCAGACUUUAUGGAGUCCAUCUCGGAUGUGGUUGAUGAAGUCAUACAGAACUGUCCCAUAGAUGUGCGUCGGCCGCUGUAUAAGAAUGUCGUUCUCUCUGGAGGCUCCACGAUGUUCAGAGAUUUUGGACGUCGAUUGCAGAGAGAUUUGAAAAGAGUGGUGGAUGCCCGGUUAAAGCUGAGUGAAGAGCUUAGUGGGGGCCGGAUAAAGCCUAAGCCUGUGGAGGUGCAGGUCAUCACACACCACAUGCAGCGCUAUGCCGUGUGGUUUGGAGGCUCUAUGCUGGCCUCAACUCCCGAGUUCUUUCAGGUCUGCCACACCAAGAAGGACUAUGAGGAGUACGGCCCCAGCAUCUGCCGCCACAACCCUGUCUUCGGAGUCAUGUCCUAGUGUCUGCCGUGGAGCGCCGUCGGACAGUGUCGUGUUGGGAAUAAGUGUCCUUCAGAACCCAGAGCAGCCACGGCUCCUGUAAAUAGCGGUGUGGUACUGGUGUGUGAGCAGCGUGCUUUCAUCACCAGCGCGUGGGGCCGGGUGCCAUCUUUCCAGUAAAGCCAUUUAUCCAGUGACUGUUCGUUCGUGGCCCUCCUCUUCCCCUCCCCUUCCCCCCUUCCCCGUGACCCUCCUUUCCUUCCCCUCCCACGUUCUCUCCUUUCCACCUGAGCUUCUAGUUGACAAGUACAGCUCUGAAGGAGUUCAUUGCAACCUUAGAAACUUCUCAAGGAACACGUGAUACAAAGUGGUUUCUCCAGGAAAGAAUGUGGGGCGGACCCCUGGCCUUCCCAGCCUAUUUUUGUAAAUAAAAUGUUAUAAACUUGAAAUACAAAUUGAUGUUUAUAUUUCCUAUCAUUUUGUAUUUUAUGGUAUUUGGUAUAACCGGCUGAUACUAAGCAUGAGUAAGUCUGGAUGUCACAGAGUUCUGUAAUAAAGUGUUUCAUUGUGAAGGCAUGAUCUGAUGUGUGUAUAGGCAAACAAAACAGCAGGCUAUAUGCCACAUGUCUGCUGGGAAAUGAUCACAUGUUAUUGGGGUGACGUGAAGUCUGAACACUCACCAGUGUUCAGUGUAUGAGAGCUGCUACAGAUGUAUCUGAGCUUCCUGGGCCGUUUUAUAGAAGAUGAUGGGUUAAUGUUGCUGAGCAUUGGAUGAAAUACUAUCCGCACUGUUGUAAUAAUAAAAGCUGCUAGAAUCUUUAUAA